CAAAAAAAUGCAAAAUUUAACAAAUUUUUGAGAAAAUUAAUGCAAAAUAAUAAAUAAAUAUUUAAUGAAAUGCGCUAAAUACAAUUACAACAAAAUACAAAACUUAAAUAAAAUUUAUACAGAAAAAAAAUAAAAUAAAAUGUUUGUUGUCGUCAGAGGCAAAUCAUUUGUUGUGCUCUCUCAGUAGAUAAUUUUUUUGUAUUUUGUUUAGAAAUUAGAAAAUGACAAAUGGUUGAUGAAUUUCGUAAGAUAACAAUAAUGUGCUAAAAUAAACUUGAAUCUGAAAAAAAAACAACAAAAAUAUAUAAUAAAACUAAUAGAACAACAAAUUUACACUCAAAGAAAAAAAAAAGAAUUGAGCAAAAUUAUCUUCCUAUUGUCACAGUGGGCUUACAUAAACAAUACAGUUAAGUGAAUAAAAGAAAAGAAGUAAACAAAACAAAAACAUAAACAAAAUGCCUGAAACGGAAUAUGAAUUUAUAAGCAAAGAAUGGUUGCAAUCGGAAUUGCGUACCGUUUCCGGUUCCUCUUCGUUGCGCGAUGCCAAAGAUUUAAUAAUAUUAGAUUGUCGCAGCUCCAAUGAAUUUAGCGAGUGCCAUAUACGUUCUGCUGUUAAUUUCUCCAUACCCAGCAUUAUGCUGAGACGUUUGGCGGCGGGAAAAAUUGAUCUUUUAUCCACCAUCAAAUCGCCCGAUCUUAAGGAACGCAUACAAAAUGGCUAUAAAGUCAGUUUGUUUGUAUUGUAUAAUGAGGUGGGCGGUGGUGGCGGAGGUUUGGCUACAGCUAAUAAUGAUACUUCCUCUGCUCCUUCCUUAUUACUGUCUUCACAACAAUCCUCCUCCCUGGAUGUUUUGGGCUCUGCUUUGGGUAGUCCUGAUUCCACCAUUAAUGUUUUACAUAAACGUUUGAAACAAGAUGGUUGUCGUGUUGUGGCUCUACAAGAUGGUUUCUGCAGUUUUCGUCAAACAUUUCCCGAAUGGUGUGAAGAUGGUAGUUUACAAAAUAAAGAAAUGGAAUCUAGUCGUAGUACACAGGCAGAUCAAUUAAUGGGUUUAAGAUCUCUGCGGAUUUCAACACCACAUUCCGAUUCAGCUUGCAGCAGUUCAGCUGAGUCAUCAGAUUGUGAAGGUACUUCACAUCACAAUUGCAAUGAGGCCCCCGUAGAAAUAAUACCUGGCCUAUUUUUAGGCAAUGCCAUGCACAGUUGUGAUGCAAGGGCAUUACAAAAAUACAAUAUAAAGUAUGUUUUAAAUGUAACUAAAGAUCUUCCAAAUGUCUUCGAAGCUUCGGGCGGUAUACAAUAUUUACAAAUACCCAUUACCGAUCAUUAUUCACAAGAUCUGGCCAUGCAUUUUCCAGCUGCCAUACAGUUUAUAGAGGAAGCUCGUUCUAAAAAUUCGGCCGUGCUGGUUCACUGCCUAGCUGGUGUCUCUCGUUCUGUAACAGUGACGUUGGCCUACUUAAUGCAUACCCGAGCUUUAAAUCUCAAUGAUGCAUUUACUCUAGUGCGCGAUCGCAAACCGGAUGUAUCGCCCAAUUUUCAUUUUAUGCAACAAUUACAUUCAUUCGAACGCCAAUUGCGUUUGAAUACCAAUGAGGCAAUGGAUCAAAGUGGCAGUGGUGGCGGUGGCGGGGGAGGAGGUGUUGUUGGUGUCUCUGUAACAAAUACCGAUAUAUCCAUGGGUCCCUGUGCAUCAUCAAAAUUCUCUUGCAAUUGCAUAAACACCGAUUGUAAAUGCAUACAAUCCGGUGGUUAUAUAGCACAAUUGGCCAAAGCCGCUACUGGUAUUUCACCAGAUUCCGGUAUUGAAUUCGAUCGAUGGACUCCGUCAUCGGAUACAGGACUUAAAUGAGAUCAACUUGUAGGAAAGAGUUUUGUACUGCCACCGAAUUUAAAUGAGCCACCGCAAACCUUAAAUGCCGACAAUAUGUCGCCUGCCUCAACAAACUCUUCGUCUACCUCAACUACUACCACAGUCGAGGCUGUUUCAGUAGUUGAAGUCAAUAAGAAAUUGCAAGAAGAGUGAUGUUAGAGUAAUGCCAUCCGGUGGAAUUAAAUAUCCUUUAGAACACAAACACAAAACGAUUAAAUAAAUGGACGUACAAAACCUUUUCCUACUUGUUGUUACAUUAUCAUUAUUAUCAUCAUCGUCGUCGUCGUCGUUGUCAUCAUUGUCAUCUUGUUUUUAAUACAACUAAUUUUUGUCCUUUUUUUUUUAAAUGAAAAGGCACAAAUUUUAAGUCUCCCUCCUUCCUGCUAAAACUCCUAUUUUUUUAACAAUAAAAAAAUUGUUUUGAAUUAAUUGUAUAUUGUACUUUGCUUAGUGUCUCACCCCCCUCUCCUUAAACAUUUAUAUAUAUGGUGAGGGGUGUUAGAAAACACUAAAUCAAUAUUGAAAACAAAUUGUAUUUUAGUUUUUAAGUUCCAACAUUUAUUCAAACACAAUUAAGAUAAAAUCUUAAAUAGAAUUUUUAUGUGUGUUGAAUUGUUAUAAAAAAAAUUAAAUUAGUUUUAAGUCAAAAAACAGAGUUCUAACAUUUAAAAUAUUAAAACAAACAAAUAUUGCUAAAAAAAAAAAAAAAUAAAAUAUUUGAAAACAUGUAAAAGAAAGUAAGAAAUAUAAAAUCCAUUAAUUAAUUAAUUAAUUAAUUUAUGUAUGUACAACGUACAUACCAAAACACAAAAACCUUAUUUAAGUCAUUUAUUAUUAUUAUUAUAUAAAACUAAUUGAAUAUAUUAUUAAAAAAAAUUAUUAAACAAAAAAAAAAAUUGAGUAAUUUAUGCUUAAAAAAAAAUAUCAACAAAACAUUGUAAUAG